UGGCAGAUGUCAAAGUUGUCAAAACAUUCGAAUUAAUAUUGGUGUUAGAGUGUUAGGUAAUAGCAUUUUUUAACAAAAAAAUAAAAUGUUUCUGCAAAAAAUAUUAACACCAACGGUUCGUUCAAGACCUUUGUUCAACCAGGUUUACAAUAUUGCGAGUAGGGCACUUUCUACUGAGGCAGUGGAAGUACAACAAGAAACGCGACCUACAGUUAGGAAAAUCAAUGUUGUAGCUAGCAGUCAGCUUUCAGAUUUUGGAAAAUAUGUUGCCGAAUGUCUCCCAAAAUACAUUCAAAAAGUCCAAAUAACGGCAGGCGACGAGCUGGAACUUCUAAUAGUACCGGAUGGUGUGUUGCCUGUACUGCAAUUUUUGAAAGAUCAUCAUAAUGCACAAUUUUCAAAUUUGGUCGAUAUAGCGGGAAUGGAUGUUCCCUCUAGAUCAAAUAGAUUCGAGGUUAUCUAUAAUAUACUCUCUCUUCGAUACAAUUCACGAAUUCGUGUAAAAACCUAUACUGAUGAAUUGACGCCCAUUGAAUCUUGUAAUGAUAUAUACAAAGCAGCAAACUGGUAUGAACGGGAAAUAUGGGACAUGUAUGGAGUUUUCUUCUCAAACCAUCCAGAUUUAAGGCGUAUACUCACCGACUAUGGAUUUGAGGGACACCCAUUUAGAAAAGAUUUUCCCCUCAGUGGAUAUGUUGAAGUCAGGUAUGAUGAUGAAAAAAAACGUGUUGUCGUUGAACCUCUGGAGUUAGCACAAGAGUUCAGGAAGUUUGAGUUGAGUGCACCCUGGGAACAGUUUCCAAACUUCAGAAAUGCAAAUCCGGUUUCAGAAGAGGUGAAAAUCAAAAAAGAUGAAAAAUAAUUGUGAGCAUAAUUUUUAUUUGUAUGUAAUAUAUAUUUUUUCUGUUGUGAAAAAUAUUUCAGUUUAAUCACACACUUUCCCUAUUCACACAACAUUUUCAAAGAGGAUUUCUAACACCUGAUGUAAUUAAAACCAUGAUAGCAUUGUAAA